AUGGCUUUUCUUCGCAAAAAGAAGGUUAAAUUCAGUGUUGCAUUGGUCGUGGAAAAAUUGACUGAUGUUCCGUUAUUAAAUGCUGUGAUAUUUGCAAAGGUUCGUCUACUCGAAUGUGGUUCUUUUGUUGGCACAACAUUGCAUAGGCCAGUCUGUUCCCACCAAGUUGAUUUUAUGAGUCCUUCAGUUUCAAGACGGUUUAAUAGUUCUGCACCUUCAAAUAUUCGCAUGAGAAGUAGGACAAACAGUGGACAAAUUUAUCCAAAUGCAAAUGUUCAUAGGCAUAGUACAACAGACAUAAUUGAUGGAUCCUCUAUUGCCUCUUCCAUGAAUUCCUUACAAGAACAACAACAGCAUAAACAAUUUUCUUCGUCUCCAGCUUCUCAUAGAAAAUUUCAACAAAUUGAAAGGCGACAUUCUUUAACUGAACGUUCUCCACGUGAAAUAGACGAUGCGCCUCGUAAAUGGGACGAUUUCGAAGAAGCUUUAAAAGCGCAAACAGAAAACAGCCAAAUUGAUGAGGCAAGCUAUCAAAAAAUUUUGGAGCAAAUUGAAGCGCGCAAUCGAAAAUACAAGCACUUAUUGGAAGAAGAUGGGAUUAAAAAUGAAUUCGAUGAGCUAAUACAGAAUAGAAUUCGCGAUUCUGAUCAGCCCGAAUACUUUAUCGAUGAACUUGGAAAUUUAGCUUAUGCUGAAAAAAAUACACAACCAUUUUCUUUUUAUUGUUAUAUCCCUUAUGAUUCUAAAUAUUCUGGAGAACUUGAGGCCUGUCGAUGCAAAAUUUCAUUAAGAAAGGAAGACCGUGCUGGACGUAAUCCACAAAAAUUGGGUUAUGUAAUAAUUAAUCUUUCUGAAUUUGCUGGGAGUGGAAAUACUGGUAUUAGAAAGUCUUUUUUACUUGAUGGAUAUUUUACAAGUCAAAGACAGGACAAUUCUCGUGUUCAUAUUUUUAUUAGAAUGCAGCAUGAUUCAUUAGAUCCUCUUUUUAAAGUGUAA